AUGGCGCAGGCCUGUGGGAGCAACAUCCACGAGCCCCGCUACAAUCCAUAUGGAUACCUGCCUCCACAGGCACAGUAUGGAGCUCCACCGCCACAGGCACAGUAUGGAGCUCCACCGCCACAGGCACAGUAUGGAGCCCCGCCUCCACAGGCACAGUAUGGGGCCCCGCCUUCACAGGCACAGUAUGGGGCCCCGCCUUCACAGGCACAGUAUGGAGCUCCACCUCUACAGGGACCGUAUGGCGGUCCCCCUCCUCCUCAACAGGUUCAAGCUGGGCCAGCUGAAGUUGCAGGCUACAAACAGCUGCUGGAAGCUUGUAUCCAAGAAAAGGGUCUUCAGAACUUCCCAAUCUGCCAGAACCUCGACCGGAUCGCCCAAGAUGCCCCUUCAAAGAUCAACCAAGUCAUCCAGCGCUGGCGUAUCCAAAAGGAGAUCUCCAAUGACAUUGUCAAGCUGGCACUAUACGACGUCGUUCUAUACAUUGACGACAGUGGUUCCAUGCAGUUUGAAGAGGAAGGCAGCCGUAUCAAAGACUUGCGCCUUAUUCUGGAACGAGUCUCCUUUGCUGCCACGCUCUUUGACAACGACCCAGGGGUGGUGGUCAUGGCGACAGAUGAAGAGCUUGCUGCGCAUUACAACGCCCAACUCAUGGCCAUGCUCGACACCACAUACUCCACUGGUCCGAAACAUACCUCUCAAGAAGAUUGUCAUGCGGUAUUCAGGGUCAAGAAAGACGCGGACGGGGCUGGCGCAACGCCGUGCGCGUGGUUCGACGCAAGUUCAAAGCGCGAUACUGGAGGCGACGCCUUCGAUCAUCGCAUUCCCAACACUCUGUUGGACAAAUUGCAGAGGUUGAAGCUCAUGUAUCCCAUGCCCGGGAUGGACCCCUUAUCCAUAAUCAACAACACGGGCUCCGAGUGCUUCGCCAACCUGCACCCCGAUGGAUAUCUGUCUGACAAGUACGCAAAGCUCCGUGUCCAGCUAGAGGCCGAACUGCGCACAUGGCGUGGCUAUCUCGAUGACAUCUGGACGCUAUUCGAUGGUCCUCUCGACCUCAUAAGGGUCGUUUUCGAGAAGGCACAGUGUCUUCCUGCAUAUCGAAGCUUCAUUCGUAAAGGCCUUCGGGGCGCAUGUUCCCUCGGUCCGAAGGUGCUUGCGUUACUCAUGACAGCCAAUUUGAUCUCAAGUGCUCAAGCCCAAAGGCAUGAUCUUGUACGGGAAUGGGGGAUACGUACUACUGGCGCAGUCACCGGAGGUCUCAGUAUCCCGAUUGCCGCAAUGGAUCCCAAAACUGUCAGUCCUGGCCUUUGGUGGGGACUGAUUGCAGCCUGGGUUGUCACAACGGUGAUGUUCGUUGCGACCAACACCUACGUCAUUCCAAGGAGCCACCGGAUGCGCUACUUGUGCACGUUCUUGCUCGUGGAAGGGCUUUUCGUGGUUGUCUUUGUGACGGCAUUGAUCCACGAUCCAGUGAAGAUGGCGGCAAAGAUCCUCGCCAACAUGCCAGUCUUGACGGUCAUCAUCGCUGGCCUGUUGCCGCUUGCUUUCGAUUAA